AUGAACAACGUUCUAAUUGAAUGGCGUACAAAUGACCGAUGGCAUGGAGUUCAGCAAAAAAUAAAGAGAAAGGAUAUAACACCAGAUGGGCCUUUGGACAUUGGUCAAAAGAUUUCUGUUAAGUUUGGCCGAGGGCGCCAUGAUGCCAUUGCUGCGGAGUCAUGGAAACCCAAUACGAGAAGUAUGUUGCCUAUAAUUUUUUCUCCCUCCAUUUACUAAAGCUUUGAGAUCCCAAAAGGGCAUCGUUCAUUUGAACGUUUAGGAAGAUAAAGAGGAAUGCAAACGACUGCGACAAUAAAAAAGAUAAAAUAAGACAAGUUUGCCUUUCUGUAAUGUAAGUCUUUCUUAAGGAAUGUAAACUGACCUGUGACCUUCAAGGAAUAGACCAAGGAUUUACAGUGCAAUCAGAUCGAUAUAGUUUUUAUUUGAAGCUCAUUUUAAAACUAGUCUGCAGUACAUACAAAACAAUUUAUCUUUUUUGAGUUUAAAAUUGUUAGGCUAAGGGUGUAGAUAUCUUAUGUUUUAUUUGCACAAAUCCAGUGUAUGUUACACGAAUUUAACGCUUAGCCUGACUGUCUGAAUGUUCACCUAAAGAUACCUUUUAAUUUGAAUGAAGGUAACAAAAAUUAAUAUUUAGCGCCUCGCAACAUUAGGGAAGAAAUAAAAAAAGGGUCGGUGAAUGAAAAAUAAACCAUAUAAACACAGCACAAUCAUAAACACUUAGUUGACUCGAAUCAUUUCAGGCAUUGAAACAGCCGCGCCAGAUGUUGACUCAGACCCAGAAGACAACUUGCCACUCAAACAACUUGUCCAGAAGGAAUCGGCUAGCCCGAAGAAGAACGUUUCAGAAGCUAAGUGUUACCAAGAGUACAUUUUGAAAAGAAAUUUAAAAUUAACAACGGACCAAGAGAGAACUGCCAAAGAAAAAUCUUUACCUAAAAAAAAAGAUGACGUCAGUGAAGCGGGCUCAAAACGAAAGCAAAGUCCCGAACAUUUAGUCGUAGAAAAACCGCAACCUGGGCACCCUGAUACGGUAAAACACCUACGCCAGGAGGUUGUUUCAAGCAAAGAGAAUGUAGAAGACGCACAGCCAGCACUCCAGGACCUUGAUGAUGUAAUGGCUACGGAAAUGGAUGAUACAGAUGUAGAGGAUGAGAAUCUGGAUGUAGAGGAGGACUUUGAAGACCUGAGAGGAAUAUGGCAUGAUAACAUAGAUUUCGAUCCGGACAUCGGACAAAUUUCUCAGGUCAGUAAAGUUUGAUAUCCUUAAGUCCCAGAGAUACACUUCUCUCGGUUACUCCGUCAAACACUUUAGGAACUCCAUCCCCACGUGAGCUCUAGCAAAAAUUGAUUUUCCUUGUUUCUGUUCCUCACUUUUUCUGUUUUUUACUCGCAAGAACUGGAACCAUCGUUUUUCUUGAACUUUCGUGAGGCGAAGCACUCCGUUUAUUAGUUAAUCUCAGCCUCAGCAUUCUUAUAAAAAAGAGUGUAUCCCUACAACUCUCCCUUUUUAGUUCCAUGCUUCUGUUGUAAAGUAUCCUCCAGUACCAAAUGAGAACCUUAGGAAGGCCCUUUUUUAGGUUGAAUGUGUACUAUGCAGCAUGCAACUGAGUCACAAAAAGCUCACUAAGUAGCUAAUAUAGGACUAUCAGCUGUUUGGCUUAAAGUCUUAAAACCAGUUCAGGAAACACAUAAAAUCAAACCGUUAUUCUCUUUAAGGAUGUGAAAACAGUAAAGGAUUGGGUAGAGGGCCUGCAUAAAAAGGCUGAUGUACUUUUCAAUUUGGUGUCAGCGAUAGAAGCGAGAUUAACUGCUGUAGAAGCUGGAAUUUGCCUCGUUCCUUUUUCACCCCAAGAUCCACGCAUACAGUUUCCAAGCACUAGCAUUUCCAGUAUUCAAUUGCCAGACCAGCCAGCCUCUCCACAGUCACAAAAUCGGAGUAAUGCCAUGAUCACUUCUAUGUCAUCGUCACAGACAACCACAUCUAUUUCACCAUCUGUACAACUUGAAUCCUCCACGAAGAAAAAUCCACAGUCAACUCCGAUCAGACUAACUCCACAGCCACCACCUUUACCAAGCAUCUCUCCCAUCGUUUCCAACCUGCCGCAGGAGACAGCGCGGAAGCUGAAAAAAUGUCGGCAAAAUAUUUCGUCCAGAAAAAAGUACACUCGCAAAUGUUUAGAAGAGCUUUUUAGCGCAGACGAGCUUGCUACGUCAAAUGUUAGUGGCACCUCGGGCAAGGACAAGCUCGAUGAAUGCAAGAUUGGACUGAUAAGUCGUAAGUAG